ACAAAGCAGCAGCUGGAUCCAGAGCCGGGUGAUAAAGUGCCCCGGGGCGCGGCCCAGCUGCUUAAAUAUGUGAAUCGCGGCGGGGACACGGGUUUCGAGAUGAGUCAAUACCGCGAGGACAUUGGUGGACACACUACCGGUGAAGUAAAAUCACCCAGAGAGGCUGGUCAAGCUCCUCAAGAAUCUGUCGGCAAACAAGAGCCUCUCGAUGCACCCGGGCAUCCAAACCAUCCCGGACAUCCGUUUACGUCUAAUGUUAUACGUGAUUACCCGGAGGAGUAUACCAACAAAUCAAACGAAUUUCCCUCCAAAUCGUUAACUGAUUACCCAGGCAAACAGGUACCAGAAUAUGUGGGAAAGCAUGGAGAAUUUCCAGGGAAACAGUUGGAUUAUCAUGGUAAACACUUAAUACAUGAAAGUGAAAGAGUUCAUCGGGCUGAAAUGGAAGAGCACUAUGCAGCUUCCAAGAUUGAAUCACGAUUGGCAUACGUAGGGGCCACGCCAAGUAGUUUUCCAGGCCAGCCAAGGUUUCUAUCGGGACAAAGUAUAUCGCAAGCUACUGGUCCAACACCAACGUUAAACCAAUUACUUCAAGCAUCUACACCUGUACAUCGGUUCCAUGGAAAUUAUCCUGCAAUGGGACCAGAACCUUAUCAACAACCUUGGCCCAUUCAACGACCUCCAGUUGUCCCUCCAGUUUAUCCACAACCUGGUCAACGACCUCCACAGACGGGUUCACCAAGAUUACACGCAGGACCUGGAGGCCCAAGUUCUCCAACUCCUAUGCCAUAUCAGCAAUAUACACAACGUUAUUCUUCCCCGACAAGACCCCAUGCACCGUAUAGCCACCAUCAGCUAAAUUCAUACACUACACAAACCAGCCACCCUUCCAGUUUAUAUACAGAACAGAGGGGUUGGAAUCAAGGUGGACCACCAAAUCCACCACCACCUCCAACUAAUCAAGCUAAUCCUUCCAGUCAAUCACCACAACGUGCUCUUUCUCAAUCUCCAGCACCACCACCUUCAGCAUCUCCACAGCCACAAUCAACUGGCCAAUCUCAAAGUUUCCACAACCUGCAGCAGCGAUCAACAACACCAAAUACUCAAGGAAUUGAUUCAGGGGAAUUGUCAGGACAAAACAGUAACGAUAGUUCGAAUGGACCUGCUUGUCCAGGAACACCAAACUCACAGGGGAUGAGACCAACCCCUUCUCCUACUGGAUCUACAGGUUCCCGCUCAAUGUCCCCUGCUGUUGGUCAACAAAACGUUCAGAUGCCUCCACGCCCGUCAAGUAGCCAAUCAGAUGGUAGUGGACCAGCACGAAUGAGUCACUCUCCUAUGACAACUCAAGGAGCAUACCAGCAGCCAUUGGGUCCUUCACCACAUAUGCAUAGCUAUAAAAUGAAUAAUACUGGUCCUGGGGUUGUUCAACCAGGACCUGGUUCUGCAAGUCUUGGUGGAAUAAACCCAAUGGGUGGUGGAAUGGGAUAUGCAGCUGGUGGAACGGCUGCCGGUCAGCCUGGGGGUUAUCACGCGCAAACCACCUAUCCGCCUCCUCGCCCACACGUACAAUUUUCACAAGGAUAUCCAUCACCAGCCAAUUCACAACCACCACCUAACAAUCAAUAUCAGGCUCCUAAUAGACCCAAUAAUUUGGUGCAAUAUGCUCCGUACACGCAUAAAAUGGGAUUUAAUAGUGUACCACCAGGAAUGCCACCUAGCCCAGGACCACCUCAAGUUUACGGAAGUAGUAGUACAGCAGGUAUGGUACCACCAGGUACACCUGGAGUGACUGUGAUCGGUAAUAUGGGUCCGCCAGCAAGUUCUAUGGGCCCUCCGCCACCAUCGCCUAAUCAUGUCAGUAGUCAACCACCACCGACAAGCUCGGCUGUGCCACAUUUGCACACUCCUUCGGCUACACCGCCUCUCAACCAUGAAGGAAGUCCAAUGCCUCCACCAAGUACUACUCCUAAUUCACAUCCUGCUUCAGCGCCAACACCAACCAGUCACAGUUCUGCAGAUCUUACCGAAACUUCUAACGACAGUGGCAUAACUACUACCGCUUCAGGUACAUCAGCGAUAAACGUUACGUCCACCUCAAGUGGUACUGUUACAUCAGUAAUAACCACUGGUCCCGAUGGUACAUCUUUGGAUGAAGGUUCUCAGCAAUCUACGUUAUCAAAUGCAUCAGCAGCUUCUGGAGAAGAUCCAGCAUUUACACCAAAGGCCCGGAAAGAAAUGAUGGGAGGGUAUCAUAGCCAUCCAACUACACCACAGAGUACAGUUCCAUCACCCGGAGCUGCGAGUAUUAAUUCUAUACACGAAGAAUAUCCCGAUAUGAAUAGUCCUGGUUGGCCACGCACUCCUGCUAGUCCUGUAUUUAACAGUCAUGUGCCUCAAGACCCAUACAGAUCUAAGAAACCUGACAGCUUAGCAAAGUUGUAUGAAAUGGAUGAUUCAAUGGAACGAAGGACAUGGCUGGAUAAGUUAGUUAACUUCAUGGAAGAACGAAGAACACCAAUUACAAGCUGUCCUACCAUCUCCAAGAACCCCCUCGACCUAUUUCGGCUAUACCUCUACGUGAAAGAGAGGGGGGGCUUCAUGGAGGUAACAAAGAAUAAAACGUGGAAAGACAUAGCUGGUUUAUUGGGAAUCGGUGCGAGCAGUAGUGCAGCGUACACAUUAAGGAAACAUUACACGAAGCACUUAUUGGCAUACGAAUGUCAUUUCGAUCGUGGAGGUGUGGACCCUCAGCCUAUUAUAAACCAAGUUGAAGCUGGUUCGAAGAAGAAAGCAUCCAAAGGAACUGCCUCUGUACCCUCACCAGGGUCUUCCAAUUCACAAGAUUCCUUCCCUGCUGCUGGAUCGAGUAAUGCUUCCAUGGACGGUUAUGGAACUUAUCAGAGCGGUUAUACCGGUGGCACACCUGGAGGACCUUCAUCAGAGUACACGCCUCCUCCUCCCAGACCACCAAGCCAGAGUAGCGCUCCUUCCCCUCAUCAAGGUGGUUUGAACCAGGGCGGGCAGAAUAACGGAGUAAACAUGCCGAAUCCGUUCGACGACGUUAUAGGACGCUUUUCUCGCAAGUCGAACACAACGCCCUACCCUGGUCCAUUACGAGCCCCAGGCAUGCAACAAGGCAGUUACCAGAAUACAGGUUCCUAUCAAAACUACCCUCAGGAUCAGUAUAUUCGACCUCAAGCAAACACAUUGUCUCAACAGGGAGAAUUCAAUCAACCUUAUUCUCCGAGAUCACAUUACUCACCUUACGUGCCGGAUGUUGAUAGAGGAUAUGCCGGGGCAAAUAUGCCACCGAAUAAUGCUAGUGGACAGGAUUUAUACAAUAGAUAUAGCAGUAGUCAGCAACCCGCAAGUUAUCCAGCAGGAACACCACCUAAUGCAAGAAGUAACAGCUAUCCGUCUACGCCACAAGCACAUCCAGCUACUGUACCUCAACAAACGGCAACUAGCCAGCCUUCUUCACCUUCGCAACCUUCUGCUGCUUCGUCUUAUUCUUGCCCCCAAGACUAUUAUCGACAGGAACAGGGUGGAUACGGUGCCCCUGGAGGAACACAGAUAUAUUCAGGUGGUGGGAGCGGAAAUAAAACCAUGCCACCACCACCCCCAGGACCAAACCCACCUAGACGUCAUCCUGAUUUUGCCAAAGAUCAACAGUAUCCCCAGUAUAAUCAACAACGACCAGCGUAUCCAGGAUGGCCAAAUACGACUAAUCAGUACAAUAGUAGUAGUGGAAAUAAUAGGGUUCCCUAUCCAACUCAGCAACCACAGUCUCAAACACCACAGCAACAACAACAGGCACAGCAGCCAACGCCACCGUCUGCUUCCUCUACAUCGUCGUCGGCACUUGCUAGUAGUCAACAAUGGGGUAGUCAACAACCAAAUAGAACAACGCCUCAACCAACAUUGAACGCUAUAGCCCAUGCUCCUCCACCGUGGGACCAUCGUUACGCAAAUCAACCAUCCCCUCUUUAUCCUGCACCUGGAAAUCACCAGAAUCAGCUUGGUAUAAAUCCGAUGAUUAACCAACAGCCUACUUCGAAAAGAGAAAUGACAUUCCCUCCUGACAGUGUGGAAGCAGUAACUCCACUUCUUUAUAAACGGCGGAAACUUACACGUAACGACGUUGCACCGGUAGAAGCUUGGCGCGUUAUGAUGGCUUUGCGUUCAGGUCUAUUAGCUGAAAGCUGCUGGGCCCUUGACGUACUAAAUAUUUUAUUGUUUGAUGAUUCUUCUGUAAGUUAUUUUGGGUUGGCGCACUUGCCCGGGCUGUUGGAUGUUCUGCUGGAACAUUUUUCACGUUCGUUGUCCGAUAUGUUCGAGUCAGCGGUGAACGAAGAUGAUCGGAAUUGGAAUCAAGCGGCGACGGCGGCGGAUGGUCCUGAAGUUGAUCUCGGCGCCGUAACUCGUCCCGUUGAUCCCGAAGACCGAACGAAACUACUUUCCUCGUCGAAUUACACAUUUUUAUCGAGACGUGGUCGUCCAGUCAAAAUCGUCCCUCGAGACGAUGAUUUGUUCGUGCUGGACACGCGGAGGAGUUGGGAUCAUCAAGAGUGCGAGCCGGAAACUGAACCUUGGCAAGUGGAGAGCAACACCACCAAGUACAUCGUAACCUGUUUUCAAUCUGAAAUAGGAUCGGUACCAUUUGCCCGUCUCCUUCGAGACGAAAAGCCUCCUUUACUCCAGAAAGAAGUUGACUGCACAGAUUCGAAGGACGAAACCAAAGCGGAGCCUGGUACGUUAGAGGCGUCCGAGUUUUCACAUAAAACAAUCACAGAACCUGAUGAAAAACCAAAAGAAACGAACGAGAAAAAACAACAGCAGCUAGACAAAAAGAAAAAGACAAAGACGUUGAGCGACGUUUUGUCGAGGAUCAAAAAGGAACCGGUGGAAAUGAACGAUCUUACGAGGGAAUUGUUUGAGAAGAAGAACGAUGGAUUUAAAAAAGAAUGCGAUAUGGAGGCGAAAGUGAAUAACAACGUUGGUGAACAUUUUGCGGAUGUCGAAAAGUCCGAAGAGGAACUGGUUCCGACUCAAAAUGGACUGAGCGAUGCAACAGGUGGUAACCAGAUCGAGUUGGAGAAGAGCGAAAUUAAAGUAGAGAACGAAGAACAAGAGACAGAAACGAAAGAUGAUGAUGAUGAUGAUAAUAAGGAGGGACCAAGAUUAGACAUAAGAGAUCCGGCUGGAACAUUGAAAAGAAGACGAAUAAGUGAUUACGAGGAUGAAAGUUACUCGAGAGACGAAGCGAGUUUAUAUCUUGUUACAGAGACUCAAGAUAACUUGGCUCGACGUUGCGUCUGUUUGUCGACUAUUUUAAGGAAUCUCACGUUUAUCCCCGGAAACGAAGCCGAAUUCGCGAAGAACGUUACAUUUUUGAGUCUCCUUGGGAAAUUGUUGUUGCUACACCACGAGCAUCCGGUCAGGACGCAAAAGACGCGCAAUUACGACCGAGAGGAGGAUGCAGAUUUUGCUGAUUCUUGCAGUAGCUUGCAAGGUGAGAGCGAAUGGUGGUGGGAUUUCUUGCAUCACAUUAGAGAAAAUAUACUGGUUAUGGCAGCGAAUAUAGCUGGACACAUGGAUCUAAGUCAACAUCCAGAAGAAAUAUCUCGACCGGUAUUGGACGGUCUGUUACAUUGGGCGGUAUGUCCAGCCGCACACGGUCAAGAUCCUUUUCCCACCGUAGGACCGAAUUCUUCUUUAUCGCCGCAAAGAUUAGCACUCGAGGCAUUAUGCAAGCUUUGCGUUACCGAAUGCAACGUGGACUUGGUUGUUGCGACACCUCCUUACUCGAGACUUCAGAGACUUUGCUCUGUAUUGACCAGGUUACUUUGUCGAAGCGAGGAACAAGUGUUACGCGAAUUUGGCGUUAAUCUAUUGCACUUUUUGUCUGCGGCUGAUAGCGGCGUAGCCCGUACGAUCGCUCUCCAAACACCGUGCGUUGCGCUGUUAGUCGCAUUCAUCGAGCAGGCGGAAUCUAGCGCGCUAGGUGUCGCGAAUCAGCACGGAUUAGCCGCUUUACGUGACAAUCCGGAAUCGAUGGGUACCAGCUUGGACAUGCUACGACGCGCAGCUGGCACGCUGCUUAACCUCGCCAGGCAUCCUGACAACAGAACUCUGCUCUUACAGCACGAAUCACGAUUACUCGCUUUGGUGAUGAGUCAAAUAUUGGAUCAGCAGGUGGCUGCGAUUGUUGCUCGUGUAUUGUUCCAGUGUUCCAGGGGCACGUAACUUUGUUAAGACGGUAUUUCGUUUUUCAUCCGCGGGUGUUUGUUUCUUUAGCCCCUUUGUGCAAAAUGAUCUUUUUUUUUUGUUUAUUAAACGAGACAGACAGCUAAUACGAGCUGCUAAUUCGAUAGAGAAUCCAAGAGACCGAUAUAUAUAUACAUAUAUAUAGAGAGAAAAGUAGAAUGAGUGCGAGUGAGAGAGAGAGAGAGAGAGAGAGAAAAGUCGCGAUGAACGGGAUGAAGCAAGAAAUAGGAGAAGAAAGAAAAACGCGGGAUUAGAGUUUUGUGUAGAAAGAACAAAGUGUCGAUAUAUAACGCCAUCGCCGCGUGGUUGUAGUUUUAUAUCGAGUAAACCAGAGAAAUAAGAAAGUUAAUUAUCGGUGUUAGCGAGUUAAGGUAUGCUACGACAACACGACCGCUGCGUACCUGUCGAGUAUACCUUUCCUACUUCGUGAAUUGGAAAUAAUAUCGAUAGUGUAAGAUAUUUCAUAGUUAAUGAAGAGAAGAGGAGGACUGCUGAAAAUGAACAGAUGUAACGAAGAGGAGGGAAUUCGUGAAGAUAUAGAGGGGUUAAUGAUAAAGAUGGGAACGGGUUGAAGGGAGAAGAAAAGGGAAGAAAAUACACAGAUGUUGAAAAGAUGACAGAGAAAUGAAUAAGAGAAAGAAAAAACAACAACAACAACAGCAAAUGUUUAGCAGCAUAAUAUAAUAUAUUAAAAGGAAAUGACGAUUGAAACAAAACUAAAAAAAAUUUGUUUGACGAACCUAAAAUGGUGCGAUGUGGAAUGAUAAUAUAGGGUGACGAUUAUAUAUAUAAAUAUUAACGAUAAUAUAAUGCAAAUUUUUAUAUUUGCAUGUUUUGUGCUGUAAUUAGCGAGUAAUUAAGAUAUUUUGUAGAUAACACACACUUCCAUUGAAUCUUAUUCGAACUGCGUUGCGCCGUAUAAACGUGAAGAAGAAAAGAAAACUGAUACGAUACGACGCAAACGCUAACGGUGGUCUCCCUUGCAAAAAGUAAAAUGAAAAAAUAGACCACCGAAAGUCUCGACUUUAGAAGCACAGGCAGAACUAGAACUGAAGAAAGACAUUGCUAGUUGAGGGGUGAAUGGAUGAGUGGGUGGUUGGGUGGCUGGCUGGGUGGCUGGCUGGCUGGCUGGGUGGCCGGGUUGUUGCUGGUUGCUGAUAUAUAUGAGGUUUGUAUGCAAAUGAGAGAGAACGAAUAAACACAAAGAGCAUGAAAGUAGUAAGAACGAUAGAAAAGAAUAAAUCACUGGAAGAAAACAAUUGACCUUUUGCCGAAAGGUACAUAGUACGAAUGAUGUGUACACGAAUGCUAAACAAGAAUAAAUAAAUAGAAAGUUAUAAAGAUACAGAUGAAAUUACAAAUUUAUAGAUUCGUUUCAAAGUGUGCGUAUGCGAUAGAUAAACGCGAGAACCGGACAGAAUAGAAAAAGAAAGAAUGCCUGCAUUUGGUGUAUGCACCUUCUGUCCGCGUGUAUCAAAAUUUACCCGUAUUGUAUAGUGGAAGCAAGAAGGGAUGAAUGACUCGGUUGUGUGCACGAAGGAUGGGGGUUCUGGUAGAAAACGGGCUGGGGAAUAGUGUCUGUCAAUAAAGAAAAUAGUUGUACAUACAUACGUACAUCCAUACACGCAUAUAUAAAUAAAUAAAUAAAUAAAUAUAUAUAUAUAUAUAUAUAUGUAUGUAUGUAUGAGAGGAGCUUACAAGAUCGAGAGCAAAAUAAACACUCAUCUACAAGCACGAUCACCACUUAAGUAAAACUAUAAAGAAUAUUUCAUGAGCUUUGAUGGAUUUUGUUUUAUUUUUAUUUUACUUUUUUUUUAUUUCUAAUUUUUUUUUCUCUUUUCAAUUUUCUAGGUAGAGGAAAUUUAUAAAAUAAUAGCGAUAACCGUAUUAGUUUAUUGUUUUCGGAAUACAGAUACUUAUAAAUGUAAUUAAAAGCCAUUGUGAUCAAAUUUAAACGCGUAACUUGGAUUAUUUAAUCAAGAGGAAUAACAUUGGUGGUUAGUAAUGAUAACUUCAAAAAAGUAUCGAAAAACUUACGACAAAUGGGGCGAAGAGAGAAAAUAGAGGGAUGGAGAGAAAGGAAAAAAUGUUUUUGCGAAUGUAAGAAAUGGAGGAUUAAAAAAAAUGAAAUUUUUAAUCUAACAAUAAGCUCUCGAUCGUGCCAUUAAGCAAUUCCAAUGGAAUAUAUUUAUUACUUAUGAAACUAUAAUUUUCAAAAUGUAUAUGUUAUUGUAAAAAACAAAAACUAAUAAGUACUAUUCCCCCUAUUGUCAGCUUUUGCACAUAUUUCGACAGUUCUUACAUAUACAUUUAUCUAAUGUAAUAGAGUGAAAGACAAAAAAAAAAAAAAAGAAAGAGAGGAAGACCACUCUAAUUUAUAAUGUUUGAUGAAAUGAAGAUAUUUAUAUCUACUUCGCCAUCGCACACCUUCCAUGCGGAUACUUCCUUUUUCAUUUGGUAGAAGUGGAUUUCACAAAAAUGAACGGUGUUUCAAUUCUCAUCAAGGUAGCCUAUGUAAAAAAUCAAUCAGAUUUGACUUUAUUUAAGAAGGAAUAAUUAGGUGGAGAAGAUGGAGGCAAAUGGAACAAAGAAAAAGAAAGAAAAAAAAUAAUAAUAACACGAGGUAAAUAAGUUAAAACAGAACACUUUCCCUAAUCCCAGCUUCUCCCUGACCCCAAAAUAUCCUACUCUAUAGAUAUCUAAAUACGUGUAGUUCUUAAAUUAUUUACUUUAGUUCGAGUGGAGAUGCCUGUAAGUGUAAUUUACUAAGACUUUUUGUAAAUAAAUUAUGAAAUAAACUAGACGUACUUUAUCCAAA